ACGUAAGAGGUUCAUCUUCACCCAGUCGUCCUAAAGGCAGACCGCCACUGUCAACAUCACAAAGACUGUCCUUAGAUCUUGAGUCCCAGGAGCUAUUUGAUGCAAGACAAAUACAUCGGAAAGAGGGGAGGCCAGAGAUGCACUCUGUGAAGAGACAUCAUCAUGAGUGGCCUCAAGAAAAAAGUGAUAUAGAUCAUUCUAACUUCCAUCCUCAAGAGAGGCCUGCAGAGAUGUCAGACUGGUAUGUGGGUUCCUUUUCCCGAGUGGAGGCUGAACAUGCUCUUCAUCUGGUCAACAGGGAGGGAGCCUUCUUGGUUCGAGACUGCUCUAAGAGCACUCCCCAGGAGCCCCUGGUGCUGGCAGUGUUUUAUAAGCACCGAGUGUACAACAUCCAGAUCCGCUACAGUGAAGGCACCAGCAAGUUCACUCUGGGCACAGGACUGAGGACCAACGACGCUUUCGAUAAUGUAGCUGACAUCAUCAAAUUCCAUUCUAUUUUUCCAAUCGCUCUGAUUGAUGGAAGAAACCCGCAUGAAGACGAGAAAAGAACAUGUGUUCUUCUGUACUCCGUCACCAGAAAAGACAUACUUCAGCUGCUGGGAAUGGACACAUAGAGACUCAGCAAGGCAGCUUCAAAUGAACACUUAACAACUGAAAAACAUGAUCAGUAAUUAAUGAUCAAAGAUACAGUAUAUUGGCAAAUACACUGUGAGAUUGUAAAAUCCCUUUGUCAUGAACUUGUUUGCUCAUUUUUUAGUGGAAAAUGUCUUCAAUUCCUCAUUACUAAUUGUUCUCUGCCUUGGUUAUGCAAGGAAAUGAGGCUGAAUGUCCACUCUCUGUUGUAAAUGAAGGGAAAUUUGUAUAAUAAAUAGGCAUAAUAAAAAGUUGGGGGAUUUACAUAUUCUUAUACCAGUGCUUUUCAGUGUAGUUAUGGCUUGUAGUUGUUGCCUUUGCGAGUUAUAGUUCGUCAGGUGUAAGGGCAAGGUAAGGUUGGCAAAGAUUAUGUUUUAUGUUAUAUGGAUCAAUGAUUGCCUCAUAAUCACUGCUUUUCACAUGCAAUUAUUCAAUUAUACACUGUAACAAAUACAAAAGAACCAGUUUUAUUUACAUUGUAAUAAAGUACAUACUGACACGGA